AUGGGUGACGUAUCAUCCUGCCCACCUCUCACGCGCUCGUCGGUGCAGGCUGCACACGCAGCCAUCAAGCAGCACAUCCACCGCACUCCCACAAUCACAUGUGACACCAUCUCCCACCUCGCUUCCACCCCCCAAACCUCCGACUCGCUUCAAGGAACACCUUUCGCAAACCGCACACCAGCCAGACCACGUAUCAACCUCUUCUUCAAGUGCGAGAACUACCAAAAGAUCGGCGCUUUCAAAGCAAGAGGAGCUUUCCACGCAUUGAGUCGUUUGUCCAAGGAAGAGCUGAGUAAAGGCGUCGUCACACACAGUUCGGGAAACCAUGCUCAAGCUCUUGCGCUGGCUGCCCGUACUCAUGGCAUCCCAGCACAUAUUGUCAUGCCCACCAUCAGCACUCCCUCCAAGAUUGCUGCCACCAAGGGCUACGGUGCCAAUGUCAUUUUCUCUGGUUCCACUUCCGAUGAACGAGAGGCUGUUGUGGCCGAUGUGAUAAAAGAUACUGGAGCUAUACUUGUUCCGCCAUACGAUCAUCCCAAUAUCAUGCUCGGUCAAGGCACGUUAGCCCUCGAGCUGGAAGAGCAAGCCAAAGACUUGGAUGAACGAGGAUUGGAUGCCGUGGUAGCUCCCUGCGGUGGAGGUGGCAUGCUCUCCGGUGUUGCCACAGCUUUAUACGGUACUGGUAUCCGUGUCUUUGGCUCUGAGCCCAGCUUCGAGGGCGCCGACGAUGCAAAACGAGGUGUAGAGUCUGGCACUCGUAUCGAAAAGGUCAAGACGCUAACAAUCGCUGAUGGACUGAGGACACCCCUCGGUAAGAUCCCUUGGGCCAUCAUCAGCGACAAGGAAAAGGUGAAGGGCAUGUACAGUGUCACCGAAGACCAGAUCAAAGCUGCCAUGCGUCUACUCCUAGAAAGAGCAAAAGUCUUUGUCGAGCCCAGUGCUGCAGUCCCUCUGGCCGUUGUCCUAUACGAUGAGAACUUCAGAAGCAUGGUCGAAAAAGAAGGCGGCGAGCAAGGCUGGAAUAUCGGCAUCGUCUUGUCAGGAGGAAACACUACUGUCGAGGCUAUCGCAAAGCUUUUCGAACCUGCUUCUGAGCAGCAAGCUGGAAGGCAAGAGGCCAAGCUGGGUAUGAAUGGCGAAAGGGUUGCCGAGAACGUCGCAGGCUAG